AUGGAAACCCAAAGCCAGGAUGCGGCACGAAGCCCCGCGGAGGUGCCCAACGAUCCGGGGAAGAUGUUCGUCGGAGGACUCAGCUGGCAGACUAGUCCAGAAAGCCUCCGGGACUACUUUAGCAAAUUCGGUGAAAUCACAGAAGUAAUGGUUAUGAAAGAUCCUACAACAAGACGGUCGAGGGGCUUUGGAUUCAUCACAUUCGGCGACCCAGCUAGCGUAGAUAAAGUAUUAGCUCAAGGAACUCACGAAUUAGACGGAAAAAAGAUUGACCCAAAAGUUGCCUUUCCUAGAAGAGCACAUCCAAAGAUGGUCACCAGGACAAAGAAGAUCUUCGUAGGAGGGUUAUCAGCACCAACAACGCUUGAAGAUGUAAAGAAUUACUUCGAACAGUUUGGACCGAUCGAGGACGCCAUGUUAAUGUUCGACAAACAAACCAAUAGGCACAGAGGUUUCGGUUUCGUCACGUUUCAAAGUGAAGACAUAGUAGAUAAAGUGUGCGAAAUACAUUUUCACGAAAUCAACAACAAAAUGGUGGAAUGCAAAAAAGCACAGCCUAAAGAAGUAAUGUUACCAGCAAAUUUGGCAAAGACGAGAGCCGCCGGACGCGGCGCGUACGAUUUCAUGUGGUCAUUGGGUGCUCUUCCUGACGGUUUUCCCGCCGCGUAUGCCGCCUACGCGGCAGGACGUAGCUAUUCGGGCUAUCCUAGCUUCGGGCUGCCCUACCCAGCAGUUGACCUGACCAACGGCCAACUCACACCGAACAACAACACACCGCUGCUCGCGCAGGCGCUCUCAGUGAUGAACAACUACCAAGCAGCAGCUGCCGGUUUUGGACCUCCAGCGUCGCCGCAUGCCGCCGGCGGCCGGGCUGGUUUCCCAGCAGCGAGCUCCCCCGGACCAGCGCUGGACGUAUACGGCUCGGCAGCGGACAGCGUCGGAUACGUCCAAGCGGCAAGUCCCCAGCCGUCCGGUUUCCCCGCGAUCGCAGUAAGCCGCGCGCCCCUCAAUUACACCCCAGGACCCCUGAUUCCUGCGGCUUUUACCAACGGUUAUCAUUGA